AUGCAUCUAAUCAGUAGAGUCAUACAGCGAAAUUGGGGUCUGCAGCCCAACAUAACCUCCCAGGACGGCAAGCCCCAGAGCAUUCGACGAACUCUCUCAACCGACCAAAGCAAGGCUAUCAUUGCCAAUCUGAAAUCUGCCCUCGGGGCAGAGUAUACUAUAACUCAUCUUGCACAAGCCGCUGUGUUUGCCACCGUGCUGAAACUCCACCCUCCAGGGCCUAAUGUACCGGACUCACAGGCCCAUCUCUCCGCUCCGCCCGUCAACGGACGACGCUUCCUAACCGAAGAAUUCGCAACAGGGGGAAAGUCCUUUGAUAGUAUGUGUAUCAUGACGAUACCUGUUGUAUUUAAAAAUAUCAAGUCCUAUGAUGUCGGGAACGCAGACCGGACUCCUAAAAGCUCUUCUGACUAG